AUGAUUACACCAGCGGAAUACGGCCAAACAUCGUGGGAGUUGUCCAUUCAGGUGGAUCAAAGAGACGGAGAUGAAUCAAUGAAGUUUAAACUUCGUGUAAAGGGUGACUUGCACAUUGGAGGGCUCAUGCUCAAACUGGUGGAGAAGAUCAAGGCUCCCCAGGACUGGUCAGAUCAUGCCCUUUGGUGGGAACAGAGGAAAUGCUGGCUGCUAAAGACCAACUGGACCUUAGACAAAUAUGGCAUUCAGUCGGAUGCAUACCUGCGCUACACGCCCCAACACAAACCCCUUUUCCUUCAGCUCCCCAAUAUGAAAACCAUCAAAAUGACUGUCAGCUUCUCCAGCGUGGUCUUCAAGGUGGUAACCGAGAUCUGUCGAGUCCUAAACAUCAGAAGACCAGAGGAACUGUCACUGCUGAAGCCUCCAGAUGAUCCGUCCAAAAAGAAGAAGAAGAAAGACAAGAACUUCCAGCAGGAGGACAUCCUGGACAUGGAUGAACUGAGUGGAGGACCAGGAGGAACAGGCCCCAUGUACAGUAAGACCAUGACAGCGACCUACGACCCUGAGAACGGGAUGCCGCUGUCUGCCACCAGUCUUUGGUUUGGAGAAAACCCUUUCGCCGAAUGCCAGCCCAACCUUCCUCCCACUGAGUUAGCCAAACUUUACCAAGCGCUGUCACUGGUGGACAAAGCCGUCAACAACGCAGGGUGGUUGGACUCAUCGCGCUCUCUAAUGGAACAAGAUAUUCAGGACGAAGACAAGCUACUACUACGCUUUAAGUAUCACGUCUUCUUUGACCUCAAUCCUAAAUACGACGCCGUGAGGAUAACCCAGCUGUAUGAACAGGCCCGCUGGUCCAUCCUUCUAGAGGAGAUCGAUUGCACCGAGGAAGAAAUGUUGAUGUUUGCAUCACUACAGUAUCACAUUUGCAAGCUGACCAUGUCAAACGAACCACUGGACCAUUCCAACGAGCCAGAAAUCGAUGAAGUAGAGGCUGCUUUAUCCAACCUGGAGGUCACGCUCGAAGGAGGACAUGCUACAGACAGAAUUCUGGAAGACAUUACAGACAUUCCAGAGCUGGCAGAAUACCUGCGGUUGUUUAGACCAAAAAGAUUGACGCUGCGGCCAUACAAAGAAUACUGGUUUGUAUUCAAGGACAUCACCAUCUCCUACUACAAAAACAAAGAGGCAUCCAGCGGCGAGCCCAUUGAGCAGUUUCACCUCCGAGGUUGCGAGAUUGUACCUGACGUCAAUGUUACAGACAAAAAGUUCGGCAUCAAACUCCUGCUGCCGGUUGCCGAUGGAAUGAAUGAAGUGUACAUCCGAUGCGACAACGAAACGCAGUAUGCCAAGUGGAAAGCUGCGUGCAUCCUGGCAUCUAAAGGCAAGACGAUGGCCUACAGCUCCUACAAGUCAGAGGUGAAGAAAAUCCAGUCCUUCCUGCAAAUGAAGAGCCUGGCGCCCCCUCCUGGUCAAGCGGCGCCUGACGUUGAUGCCAUGGACAUGAAUGCCGAAUGCUUUGUUUCUCCGCGCUACGCCAAGAAGCAGAAGAACAAACAGCUGACGGCACGUAUCCUGGAGGCCCAUCAGAACAUAGCGCGACUGUCCCUAAUGGAUGCCAAGAUGCGUUUUAUCCAGGCCUGGCAGUCACUACCAGAAUUUGGUAUCAACUACUACAUUGUCAGGUUUAAAGGAAGUAAGAAGGAUGAGCUUUUGGGGAUCUCUUACAACCGGAUGAUUCGGAUUGACAUGUCCUCUGGUCUGCCUGUCACCACGUGGAGGUUCGCUAACAUGAAGCAGUGGAACGUCAACUGGGAGAUCAGACAGGUGACCAUACAGUUUGACCAGAAUGUGACAAUAGCCUUCUGUUGUGUGAGCUGUGACUGUAAGGUGGUCCACGAGUUCAUCGGCGGCUACAUUUUCCUCUCCACGCGAUCUAAAGAUCAGAAUGAGACGCUAGAUGAAGAUCUGUUCCAUAAACUCACCGGAGGCCAGGAAUGAGUGAAGAUGGAUUGAAACCUGCUUCCCAGAGAAUAUCUGUCUUUUUUUAUUUGUUAUUUUUAAAUAAUCUACACUUAACAUUGGGGAAAGUGCGGCAUUGAUCUGGAGCAAACACAAAGCAAAACUCCACUGCUGCCAAAGAACAUCUGGAACUGCAUAAGAUUUCACGUCACAGAGCAACAACAUCAAUGUCUGCAUGAUAUAACAACCCAAAUAACAUUGUUCUUAGAAAUAUGUAGUUGAAAUCUGUCUUUUUUUUCAAAAAUUUGAUAAUGUCUGUGCAAUUUCUUUUUUAUAAGUGAAGCAAUCUUUCAAUCUGAUAAAAAAUUGUGUUUUUUUUUUAAUCAUGAAAGUUCUUUUUUUAUCAACUUUGACAACUUCCUUAACUUUUUACUCAUGGACAUGUAGGUGCUUGGGUGGAAUUUCCUGGUAAACAACACAGUUCAGUACCUGAUGGAAAUCCAACCUUUAAUCCCAAUGAUCUUGCAUGAUUGACCUCACUGGGGCAUUUCCAGAAUGCAUCUACAUUUGUGUUCCAAGUUUUCUCCAAAUCAGGCUGAAUUUUUGUGGAUCUGCAUCUUGAUUUUGCAGAAGCUUAUUUUGUAGUGGGAGGAAUCCCACGCAGACAUUGACAGAGCGCACGAAUGCCACACAGAAAGGAGCAAGGCAUUGACGGGCUUGAAUCAGGGACGUUCUUGCUCGGAGUCAAGAGUGCUCCACUAAUUUAAAAUGUUGCAUGUGACCAUAUUUGCUUGUGGUUCUUCAGACAGACAUUGUUCUUUAAUGAGGAAGGAUGUUGAAAAUGUUUUCCAAGUGUACUUUGACAUACAGAAGCCCUUUAAAUUGAUCUACCAAUACAUUACUUUUAACAACAA